GACUCUCUCACCGAAACGAAUCAAGCCUCUUUCACUACUACCAAAAUCAUCGUUGAGUUCUGCGGUGUCCAUUCGUCGUCUUCUUCUUCUUCUUCUUCUCAAGUCUCAACAAGAGACUUCAAGGAAGACACCCUCUCGAAGAAAAGCAAGAAGUGUUGACAAACAAUGGCUGCUGCUUCAGCUGCUCUGAUCAAUCCGCUGACACCCUCUCUUUGCAACUCCAAAUCUGAGAUCCUUGCGGACUCUUCUCGGACUUUGAAACGAGCCUGGAUGGGCCAGGCUAUAUCUUUGAGGCUGAGGAACAAGAAUUUUGGCAGCAGGAGGCUGCCUUCAGGUUGCUCUGUCGUGUGCAAGGCCGUGUCUGUGAAGGCCCCAACAGAGAUCGAAGGUCUCAACAUUGCCGAGGAUGUUACUCAGUUAAUUGGAAAAACCCCAAUGGUUUACCUGAACAACAUUGUGAAGGGGUCUGUAGCCAAUAUCGCUGCCAAGCUUGAGAUCAUGGAGCCAUGUUGUAGUGUCAAGGACAGGAUUGGUUACAGUAUGAUAACUGAUGCUGAACAAAAGGGACUGAUAACACCUGGAAAGAGCAUUCUGGUUGAACCUACUAGUGGAAACACAGGCAUUGGUCUUGCAUUUAUUGCAGCUUCAAGAGGAUAUAGACUCAUCUUAACAAUGCCAGCAUCAAUGAGUUUAGAAAGAAGGGUUCUUUUGAAAGCAUUUGGGGCUGAGCUUGUUUUGACCGAAUCAGCAAAGGGAAUGAAGGGGGCAGUUCAAAAGGCUGAAGAGAUUUUGAAAAGCACACCAAAUGCCUACAUGCUUCAGCAAUUUGACAAUCCUGCUAACCCCAAGAUACACUAUGAGACAACUGGACCAGAAAUCUGGGAAGAUACACGAGGCAAGGUGGAUAUAUUCAUAGCAGGCAUUGGAACUGGUGGAACCAUUUCUGGUGUUGGGCGGUUCCUCAAACAGAAAAAUCCUAAAAUAAAGGUAAUUGGCAUAGAACCUUUAGAAAGCAACAUACUUUCAGGUGGAAAACCUGGUCCUCAUAAAAUUCAAGGAAUUGGAGCUGGCUUUGUGCCCAGGAAUUUGGAUCAAGAACUAGUCGAUGAAGUCAUAGAGAUAUCUAGUGAAGAAGCUGUUGAAACUGCAAAGCAGUUAGCACUCCAGGAAGGCUUGUUGGUGGGGAUCUCUUCUGGGGCAGCAGCUGCUGCCGCACUGAUGGUUGGAAAGAGACCUGAGAAUGCAGGGAAGCUCAUUGCGAUACAUGAUCCGGACACAAAUGAUGAGAUUGCUCUGAUCUAUGCUUUGAGUAACAUGAAGUUUCUGUGAAGCAUGCCAUCAAGCAGGAUCUUGAAUCGUUUAAUAAUAUCUAAAUAGGUUCAUUUACAUUAUCAAGAAGAUCAGAGUGAAGUUGCUAUUGUCUCUUUCUUCAUCAAACAUGUAUGGAUCUGUGUCUAUAGAGGCUGUCAGAUACAUAUCAUAAACAUAUUUUUUCCAUCUA